AUUCCUUGCAUUGUCUGUGCAGGAUUUUCUACAACUUCAGCAACCCAUCUCUUCCACUACUACUCAUAUUCAUUCAAAUUUCAAGAAUUAGAACAAUUAUCCACAUGCGCACGCACUUUCUAUUCAUAGCUUUCCAAUUAUAGAGAAGAAUCUCUAAAUUGAAUUCUCACUUUCUCCAAUAUAUAUAAUCAUGACCUCCGAAAACCACAAUCAUUCAGACAUAGCCUCCUCAGUAUUCUCAAUCCCGCCGCCGAAAGAGCAGCCGGAAACCGGCAAGAAAAUCAAGAGAAUUCGUGACGCCGCCGCCGCCGCCGGCAAUCCGAGCACGAAACACCCGGUGUACCGCGGCGUACGGAUGCGGAAUUGGGGGAAAUGGGUGUCCGAGAUCCGGGAGCCCCGAAAGAAGUCGCGAAUAUGGUUAGGGACCUUCCCAAACCCAGAAAUGGCGGCGCGUGCGCACGACGUCGCCGCACUCAGCAUUAAAGGUGCGUCCGCUAUCCUCAAUUUCCCCGAGCUCGCUCCCGCGCUCCCCCGCCCCGUCUCGCUCAGCCCCCGCGACGUCCAGGCCGCCGCCGCGAAGGCGGCGGCGAUGGAUAAGUUCGACAUUCUGUCGCCGCCGUCGAGCACGUCGUCGUCGUCGCUGCUGUCGGAGACAUCGGAAGAAUUGGGCGAAAUUGUACAGCUCCCAAGCUUGGGUUCUUUCUUCGACCUCAGGAACGACUUUGUGUACGAUGUGGCGGCGCUGGAGGGGUGGCUCGAUCCUCCGCCGCCGUGGGACGGCGGCGACGACGACGGAAUUCCCAGCUGUUUUGAAACGGUGUUAUGAUAUUAAUUAAUCAAUUACUGAUCAUUUAUAUAUAUAUAUAUAUGUAUAUGUCUCUUAUUCUCUUCAAUUCCUAGGCCCGCCGGCAUUACAGUAGCCGUUA